GUUUAGGCUUGCACGGCCAAAACUGCCAUAACUGCGUAGCGUCGUGCCGGACGAUUCUGCCGUGUCUCUGGCUUGCGAACUCUAUGGUCCUCCAUUUACUGCCGUUUCCAUGGCGCCACUUGAUCAGGCCUCGCCAUUCUCUGUGGCCUUCCUCUCUCUUAAUCAAUCACGAGAAACUCUUCAGCAGCCGUUGUCGUGUCCAUAAAAACUGACUUUGACGCUUUUUGCACGCUUGCACAGGAGUUUCUUUGUAAGGUGUGCCGGCGGACUGCGUGUUGCUGAUCUCGCUCUGCAGAAAAGUUCGCCUUUGUGCCGUCUUAUGUUGUCAGCUCUGCAGCACUCAGGGGACUUAUUCCCCACUUUUUCCCUUCGCGUUUUGCCGCCUUGCUUGUCCUCUCUCCAGUUUACACCCUGACUUUCCUCGACGAUGCGGGGUCGCGUCUCUCCUCUGAGAGGCCUUUGACUCCGCUAUAAUAAACCAGGCCGGGACUUGUCGCUUGAACCAGAAUUUCCGAACUAUGUAUCCUCUCCACGAACGACUUUGUGUAUCGACAUGCAUAUGCAUAGAUUGCGUUUGGCGAGCUGAAUAUGGUUGUGUGGGUAACGCGGCGUUUGUUUGAUUCUUUUGUCGAGUCGCGAGGGCUCUCACGUCAGCCUUUCGUCCAAAGAGCUUUCGCGGAAAACCUCCGAGUCGUGGUCCAGCUCCAAAACCAUGGUUGCUUUGGCAUUUCCUUCGACUCCGUCCGGCAUGGCGGAGGCAGCACGAAGGUGGUAUCCCCUCCGUCGUGUGAGCUGCUGGUCUGAGCGUCUGAGAGCGUCAAGGUUCCCUGGUUGUUCUUCUCUUCACACAUCGCGACGCCUGUCAACAGCCCGCCUCUCUCGGUCUCUUCUUUCUGCACACUCUUCAUCAAAGCCUGUCUCGUGCCCAGAUGAAACGCUCCCUUCGCUGCUCGCCGGCCCCCGGCCCUCGCGACGGGAGACUGAACUUCUUCGCUCCGGGAUUUCCCCCCCUUCUCCGCAUGCAACGCCUCUGCCUUCGUCCUCUUCCCGUCACACGUCUUCUCCUGUUCAGCUCCUCCCCCGCCGCCUCCACUGUUUCUCCGCCAGGAAGGGAACUCCGACGAAGCGGUCGGGAGAGUGUGGAACCCCGCUGGCUUGCGACGACCAGCGCAUGCGCUGUGGAUCUUCCUGUCACUCUAGCGAGAACUCAAAGAAGGCACAAUGGAGUACUUCUUUGAGCCGCAUGAAGCUCGCCCACUACCCCCCGUCUGCCUGGACGGGUGCGCCUCUAAGCUCGUCGCCUCUCCCCGUCGUCCACCGAUUUCUACGCUGUGCACCGGCGUCCCCUUCCGCGACUUCGUCUGCACCCCUGAACGCGUCUCUCGGUUCUGUCCAAUCCCCGUUUUUGCCUUCUUCUCCAUUUCCGUUCCCUCUUUCUCUGCACGACCUUCCCUGGGCGCGGGCGGCUCAGAGACCAGCCAGCGUCCUGUCUCGGCCUCGAUGCGCCGCCGUCACGAGACUCUCUGAAGACCCCCAGGUCACCUGCGAAGACGACAGCAUAGUCUCCUUCUCAGGCGCUCUCCCCCUCCAGCCUUCCUUCACGCCCUCUGUCGCCUUCCCUGCCCACAAGCCUGUGCCGCUCAACUCGCCUCUCUCCCCGAGCGUGCAUGCAGCGCCACAAGUGCGUCGGCCUGGCAGCGUCGUGCGCAUGAAUGAGGUGAUUCGCCACUGGUGGUCCGUCCCCGCUGUCGGCUUCAAUAGCGUCCUUGAGGUCCCCAUUUAUCGCUUCGAGGUCUUUCAAAGGCGAGCCGAAGAGGCGGGAGAAGGCGAAGCGUCGAUAGCGGAAGAGGGCGACCAUCCGGAGGAAGAAGAGGGAUGCGUAGUUCUGCCAAACGACAUUUUCGGCCUGCCCUUGCGACCAGACAUUCUGUAUCGAUGCUACUGGUUCUACCGGCGAGCCAUCGCAGGGUGGACAGAGCGCAUGCAGCUGUUCAAGUGGGAAUGGCCUGGCAGCAAGAGGAAGCUGCGAACUCAGCAGCGUUCAGGCAGAGCGCGCAUUGGCUGGCGAAAAGCUCCAGGGAAGUACGUUGGUGUGAAGGCACACCCGCUUCGCCCUCAUGACCAACGCAUCAAGAUCAACAAACGUCUUCUCUGGCAAGGCCUGAAAAUCAUGCUUUCUGCCAAGUUCGCUCAAGGGCAAAUCACCGUCGUUGACCACUUCAAUCUUCAGUCUCACAAAACGAAACACUGUGUUCGGCAUCUUCGACGUCUUCUCGGCCGGAAAUGCCCGUCUGCCCUGUUGGUUCAUGAGGGAACUACAGACGUGAACGAUAAUUUCCGCUACGCGACAGCUCACAUUCUCGCCGUUCGUCGAGAAAAUGUCGAGGGGAUCAACGUCUACAAUUUGUUGAAGUAUCGACAACUGGUUAUCACCGAGAAAGCUCUGCUGAAAUUGAUCUACAACAUCCAGACGUACCCGGAGAAGCGCGGGUGGCUGCCGAAAUAUGCAACGCCGGAUGGCAAGCCGGCGCCCGCCCCUGAAAAGGUCGAGGGAUGGGACAGAGAGUGGCGGCAGAUGAAAGAGAGAGAACGGAACGCCAAGUUCAGCAAAGCACUGCUUCGCGAACGCAUUCUCAAGUGGAAAUGGUCGGAUGAAACCAAGGGAGCGAUCAAAGUCCCUCGCGUCGAUCCUUUCAAGGGCUUUCGCCUGGCGCGUUUCUCGCUGCACGAGCCGACGAUGCCAUGGGAGAAAUUCGAGGAAAACUACGUGGACACCGAUCCGCUGGAGGAUGAAGAGGAUGGAGACAUGUUUGACGAGGCGCAAGCGCUCGGAGAAGAGACACAACGCCUGGAACGCUUAGACCAUGAAGAGCUGUCAGAUGCGGCGGCAUACGAUGAUAUGAGCCUGACAGACAUGCCACUGACAGAGCGGAUGCACAGACCGAAGCGGCUAGAAAACUUCAAGAUGGAACCGACGGUGGAGAAACGAGACGGUAAAGAAGCCAUCGCAGAUGACGUGACUGGCGACGAGGAACUUACCGAAGGCAUCGAAGAAAACGACCAAAGAAAUGAAAUUAUGUUUCCGGUGGAUAAAUUCGUGCCGAGGAAGCCUCGAGAAUAACAUAAGGGAAACAUGAAGUAUUUCGCAGUUCAUUUUUCGAGAGCUCCCGUGGUCGGCUUCACUCUCCAUUGUUGUCACUUACUGCCAGACAGUGGGUACGAUUGGAACGUUCGACGUGACCAUUGCAAGGAUUUCUUUUUCCAUGGAAGGAGCGCCGGGUCCUCUUUGUGGGCCUUCCAUUCCGGCUUAUUUGACGACAAGAAAUGAACAUUUUUCGUCUGUGAUAUAGAGAAGUGUGCAGCCUGGUGAUGUGUGAACCGGCCGGAAGAAAUGCUUCACAAUGAGACCAAAUUUUGAGCCGAAAUGUACGGUUG